AUGAACUCUUUAUUCCAGGCUUCCUUCUCUAAACAUGCAUUUCCCGUAAGCUGCAUCCCAAUCACCACCUCCACAGAAAACAUCUUCUCCUCCAACUUUCAUUUUUCUAGUAAUAUUUCAGCAAGACCACCAAUUAGAAUCUCUUGUCAAAACACAACAUCACUAGUAACAGUUUCAGACCAUGUUGACGUUAGAAAGGGAAAUUCAUCUGCUACCAGGGAUAUGUCUAAUCAUGGUAUUGGCAUUACCAAUUUCCUUCAGGGCAAGAGCUAUUUUAUCACUGGUGCCACUGGAUUUCUUGGCAAAGCUUUAAUAGAGAAAAUGUUGCGCGCAAUUCCGGAUGUUGUCAACAUCUUUCUGUUGAUCAAGGCAAAAGAUAAGGAAGAUGCCAAGGCCAGAUUGUAUACCGAAAUCAUAGAGUCAGACCUGUUCAAGUUCCUGAAGCAAAUACAUGGUGAAUCUUAUAAAGAAUUCAUGAUGAGCAAGCUGGUACCAGUUAUUGGGAACAUGAAUGAGCCUGAUCUGGGGAUGGAUGCUGAUACAGUUGAUGAGAUCGCCAAAAAAAUUAAUGUCAUUAUUAAUUCUGCAGCUAAUACAAACUGGCAUGAAAGGUAUGAUCUUGCUCUGAACACGAACACGAAAGGACCUUCUCGACUCCUUAGCUUCGCAAAGAAAUGCCCCAAACUUAGUCUUUUCUGCAUGUUAUCAACCGCAUAUGUUAAUGGAAAUAGACUAGGAAAAAGCAUGGAGAAACCUUUCUCAAUGGGACAAAGCAUAGCUGCUGAGAGAUCAUUCGCUUCGGAAGAUCCUAUCCCAGAACUGAACAUAGAUGCUGAAGUAGAAUUAGCUUCGACAUUAGCUGAAACUUUUCACGUAAAGGAAGCAAAUCAGAAGAUAAAGGAUCUGGGUUUGCAAAGAGCAAGAAUGUAUGGAUGGAGAAGCACUUAUGAAUUCACAAAAGCCAUGGGAGAGAUGGUGAUAUCAGAGAUGAGAGGACAGAUACCAGUAGUCAUAAUUCGUCCCAGUAUCAUUGAGAGCACUUAUAAAGAACCUUUUCCUGGUUGGAUCCAAGGCAAUAGAAUGGUAGAUCCAUUCAUUUUGCAGUAUGGGAAAGGCAACCUGCCAGUCCUUUUUGGAGAUUCCCAAGCAGUUGUAGAUCUUAUUCCUGUCGACAUGGUUGUGAAUGCGACAUUGGCAGCCGUCGCAAAGCAUGGAAUUUCAGGAAAACCCGAGGUAAAUGUGUACCAUGUGGGAUCUUCGGAUAUGAAUCCGCUGUCAUAUCAGGAUAUGUUCAAUUUUUGUUAUGAACACUUCAUUGCUUGUUCAUUGAUGAAAGCCAAGAUAAGAAAACUUGAAAUUUUGAAGUCCAUGGACGAAUUCUCAUCCUAUAUAUACAAUGUCAUGAGGCCAAGUGAAUCGGAAACGGAUCCAGAUUCAAAGCUGCAUCAGAAACUUCAGAAGCAAGCUAAGAGGAAAGCAGAAUACUUUAUUCAAUUGGCAAAUAUAUACAAGCCCUACAUGUUCAACAAUGGAUUGUUUGACAAUAGUAAUAUGCGGAAGAUGAUGGAAGAGAUGUCAUUCGAAGAGAAAAGGAAUUUCGGGUUCGAUGUUUGCAGCAUAAAUUGGAGGGAUUACAUCACAAAUGUUCACAUUCCAGGCCUCAAGACUCAUGUCAUGAUGGGAAGAUGUUGA